AAAUAUUGUUACUACAACAAUACACAAGUUAGCACUUUUAAAGACUUUGUUGUUAUUAUUGACUGCUGUAUUGUUUAUGUAUAGUAAAUAGUCGGUUUAUUAUUACACAACGUAUGCACUACACAUUUGUGUGACUAGAACAUAUUUUAUGCAUGUACCUGCACGUAUGAAAGUUUUUUAAUAAUUUAAUGGCAGAUAAAAUACAUAAGUUCGAUUGGAACUUCUUGAGUAUAGUUAAAAAAUAAGUUUUAUUUUAUUCUUAUCAUACAAAAUAUUCAAUGCGUAUAAUAAGUUUGUUUUCUAUUUGUUGAUAUAAAAUGGAAUAUAGCCAUUUUGUUCUAUGUGCCGCAAUUGGCAAUUCGAAGUGGUGCCAAUACGCACGGAGAUGAUAUCGAAAUAUUAGUAACUUAUUUAAUUGCUGAACAAUUUCACGAACAGAUUGUCAUAAAAUAGUGGUAUAUAUUGCAUAAAAGAGGCAUUUUGGUAUAGAAAAUAUAUAAAGACCGAAAUUGUGUAUCUCAGCUCAAUAAUGAAAUAAUUGUGUAUCUCAGCUCAAUAAUUUAGUGGCAACAACGUAUACACAUCAAAAUAAAAACGAGAUUUGUAAUAGGGUGGUAACACUUACAGUCCAAUCUAAAAAGAAAGCUGUAAAGAAAUGUUUGGUUAAUUGUGGCGUAGCUAAUAUAAAUUUAUAAAAAAAUAUGUUUUAUGCACAUUUAAUUUUGGCCAAAAAAGGCCCAUUGGCCCGAGUAUGGUUGGCUGCUCACUGGGAUAAGAAAAUAACAAAGGCGCAUGUAUUCGAAACAAAUAUUGAGAAAUCCGUGGAAGGUAUAAUGCAACCAAAAGUAAAAUUGGCGCUUCGCACUUCGGGGCAUCUAUUGUUGGGCGUCGUUAGGAUUUAUUCGCGGAAAGCAAAGUAUUUAUUGGCGGAUUGCAAUGAAGCAUUUGUUAAGAUCAAAAUGGCCUUUAGGCCUGGCAUGGUUGAUCUUCCCGAAGGACAUAGGGAAGCAAAUGUAAAUGCAAUCACUCUGCCAGAAGUAUUUCAUGAUUUCGACACAGCCUUGCCCGAGUUGAACGAUAUUGACAUUGAAGCACAAUUUGCGAUAAACCAAUCUAGAGCAGAUGAGAUCACUAUGCGAGAGGAUUAUGGUGGUAGCUUGUCACUUUCUAUUCACGAUGACGGUUUUGGUGAUAUGGGAUUUGAAGGCGACACUCCUGAUUUGAUACGUGGUCCAAUAGAUGCGAAUAUAGAUGAUCAAUUAUUUGGUGAUGGUGGCAUGGCGGACGUUACAUUGGUAGAUGAACAAAAAAUAACAUUAAAUGAUACAGAUUUAGCAAACUCACGAUUAGAUGGAGAUGGUUUUGGGGAUGAAUUUGGACAGCCUGAACUUUUUGAAGACGAUCUUUUCGCUGAACCGCCAUUAGAUACCAGCGACAAUAAUUUAAAAGCUGCCAUUGGUGCUGCACAAGAAUCUGAUGACGACGGCAUGGAUCACAUGGAUAUUAGACCACCAUCGGUAGCAUCCAGUUGUGAACAUGCAUCCGAAGCAAAUGAAGUUGAGAAGGAAGCUCACAAAGAUGAGGGUAUCGAAGCUUUAGGCAAUUCAAAGGAAGAUGAAAAUCCUUUGGACCAGUCAACAUUGCUGCAAAAUGAAGAUGAAAGCUUUGCCUUGGCCCCCAUAGAUGCCUCGGCGUACAAAGGUGUCACCAAAGCUAAACGCAAACGUAAGCUAAUUGUUGAUGAAGUCAAAAAUAUAUCUGGCGAGGAAAUGAAGGCGCAAUUGGCAAACACAACGGAUAUUGUAACAACAUUAGAUUUGGCACCGCCAACAAAACGACUCACUUAUUGGAAGGAAACUGGUGGUGUGGAAAAAUUAUUUUCACUACCUUCUAGAACUAUCCCGGCCAGAGCAUUGUUUUUAAAUUAUCAACGUCAUUUAGUGUCCCGUUGUUCAGCACUCGAAGACUUUUCUAUACUUGGUCCAUCUGACUUGUUGGCCAUAGAGCACAUACAGAAUGAGAAUGAUGCAAAUGUCAUAAACAACAAGCGCGGUCGUAAACGAAAACAUGAGCUUCAGCCAGUACAGCAAAACGUUGUAGAUGUGACGGCACAAAGUCUGGCGGCACCAGAAACUGUGCGAGACCUUGAACAAAGUGUUGGUCAAGCACAAUAUUCGUUGGCAGACAAUUUAAUACCACCGGCGGAGAGCUCUUUGUUUGACAAUAUGCGCAGUCCCAGCCGAAUGCUAAGCAUGAAUGAAAUCAAUGGUAUUGAAAAUUUAACAUCACUCAACGAUUUACCUCUAACGCCGAGUAACAUGCAUCAUGGUAUCGAUGCAUCCGAUGAUUUCAAUCAUGGCGACGUGACGCCCGCAGGUCUACACCAUGGAGACCAAACUCCGCAUCAUUCCAGUAUAGAGCACAUUGAUAAUUUACCCAAUCUACCAGCCGAUCAAGUGUCAUCUAUAUUGCAAGAAGUUGAGAAUAUACCAAAUAUCCAACAAGAUAUCCUAGCAGGCAAGACGCAACGGACCAGCGAUAUAUCUACAGAUUGGAAUGAUUACGAUUUACCACAACCACCGCCAAAUCCUGCUGAAGAGCAAUUGGAGAACGAAACAGAUGAACAAUUUGAGGAGCGCGUACUCAAUAAACGAGCAGCACAAUUGUUCUAUACUGUUAAAUCUCGUUUAAUAAAACAGGAUUGCCUAAUAUUAUCUGCAUUAACAGUAAAUAACUCCAGGAAGCAGGCGGCACAAAAGUUUUACUCGCUAUUGGUACUGAAAAAGUUCCGAGCACUCAACAUUGAACAGACACAGCCAUAUGCGGACAUAGAGAUAUCAAGAGGGCCGCUAUUUGAAAAUCCGAAAUUAUAAAGCAUGAUAAAAUUUAAUAUAUUUUCUUUUAUAUUAUUAUAAUUAUUAUAUUUUAUAUUACGAAUGCUUAAUUCGCUUUUAAACCGUAAUUUUCUGUAUGUAAAUAAUAAAUUAUUUUUAUAUAUAAAUAAAUAUUAUUGUACGAAAAUUAUGUAAAUUGAACGUGUACUUUUAAAAUAUAAGCAAAUAUGGUAUUUACGAAAUGAAA